UCUCAGAUGCACGUGUGAACUCAAAUUUAGUUUUUAUUUUUGAAAACAUUGAAUUUUACUCAAAUUCCGAAUGGAAUAUUUUACCGCUGAAGACGCUGUAAAUAGCGCUUGGGAGGAAUACAACCGUGAAUAUGGCGUAAAAGAGUGCAAAAAAGAAGACGAGCACACCAAAAGGAUGCGAUUCGAAAGAGAGGUAUAUCGCCUGUUGAUAAUGAACAAUGUGCCUUAUUCUAAAGAAGAUGAAAAAGAAACAUAUGAGGAGUAUCUGCUUUCUGAUGAUGAAAAUACGCCAAAGACAAAAGGUGCCCAGUUGAAACAUCUAACUAAAGCCAAGCGUAAAGACAACAACGACGCCGAGGAGGAGGAUGUGGACGAACGCAUUGCAUCCAUAAAGAACAAAUUGCGUCAGAAAAAGCGACCGACCACUGAACGGCAACAGAAGAAACGUGAAGCAAAGAAACUCAAGCGGAGUAAAGGGGUACAAAAGCUGCUCCAAUCCUCUGCAAAAAUAUUGAAAAACGAGAAUAUAAAACAAAAGAAACUGAAACUUGGAGUUAUCAAAGCAGAAUCAAAUGAAGAUGGAGAGGAAGCAGAUAGCAAGGCAACAAUUCGGCCCGUUCAGCAGAAACCUGUAUUUAAUGAGGAGUCAAAAAUUGUUUACUCCAAAAUUGAUUUUGCUGCCACUCCAGGAGCUAAGACUAAGAAAUCGCAUAAAAACCCAAAGGAAAUACUUAAAGAGCUGAAACAAACGAACCAACAAAUAAAUGAGCUGAAGGAACAGGGUCAAAGCGAUAAGGCAGCCGAAUUGCAAAAUAGUAUUGCUUGGAAGAAGGCUUUCGAUAAAAUUGAGGGCAAGAAAGUGAAAGAUGACACCAAGCUCCUCCAGAAGGCCAUAAAGAAGAAGAAAGUGGAGAAGCGGGCUGCAAAGAAGAAGUGGGAGGAACGCAAGCAAAAGGUGGACCAUGAUAUAGCGAAGCGCCAGAAGAAACGACAGGAGAAUCUGGAUAAGCGCAGCAAAGACAAGAAGAACAAGAAAUUGAAAAAGGCUAGCAAAAAGGGCCGAAUUAUACCUGGCUACUAGAAACUGUUUGGCAAAAAAUUAGAAAUUAGAAUUACAAGUCAAAUAAAAAAUUUUUGACGAACCGAAA